AUGAUUGCGCUGUUCAUGGCAGGUGUGCUGAUGGCCCCCUGUGUAGAUACCACAUUCUUCAAUGGGGUGUUUAAAAAUGUGGAAAGUGUGGCUGAAAUUUUUGACUGUCUGGGCUCCCACUUCACCUGGCUGCAGGCCGUCUUCACCAACUUUCCUCUGAUGCUGCAGUUUGUGAACAGCAUGAGGUGUGUGGCUGGCCUCUGUCCUAGGGACUUCGAAGACUAUGGCUGUGCCUGCAGGUUUGAAAUGGAAGGGCUGCCUGUGGAUGAGUCUGACAGCUGCUGCUUCCAGCAUCGUAGGUGCUAUGAGGAGGCUGUAGAAAUGGACUGUCUCCAGGACCCUGCCAAGCUCAGUGCAGAUGUGGAUUGUGUCAACAAACAGAUCACAUGUGAGUCCGAGGAUCCUUGCGAGCGCCUACUGUGUGCCUGUGACAAGGUUGCUGUUGAGUGCUUGGUUCAGUCUGGCAUCAACUCUUCCCUGAAUUUUCUGGAUGCUUCCUUCUGCCUGGCUCAAACUCCAGAGACAACCAGCAUCAAAGCCCCAGCAACAGUGCUACCUAGAGGGGUUCCUGAACAGCCCACAGACACCCGUCACAUAGCCCUCUCAGGAGAAUGUGGUCUCCUUUCCACAGUGGCUGGUGAGAUGAGAGCAGACAGACUGACGACACUAUCCAGGACAGAAUCUGUCCAAGCUCUUCAAGGUGUGGAAGCUGCUAGGACCACAUCAAGUCCAGGGUCUGCAGAGGUUGUUGACAGAGCUGAAGGUGCAACUCAUGUCCCUGCUGGCAUUAAAACGUUGAGGUUGGAAGUAUCAUCUGUUGACAAUGGCUCUCAGGAGACAACUGGGAAAGCCUGUGAAAGAUUGGCCUUCCUGCGUCUGGGUGAUGGAGACAGCACGCAGGCCCUGCUGCAGCUUGGAGAGAUGCUCUUCUGUCUAACAUCCCACUGCCCAGAGCAAUUUGAAUCUUAUGGCUGCUACUGUGGAAGAGAAGGAAGAGGAGAGCCAAGGGAUGCCCUGGAUAGGUGCUGUUUGUCUCACCACUGCUGUUUGGAGCAGGUGAGGCCACUGGGCUGCCUGCAUAGGAAUCGUUCUCGGUCAUCUGUGGCGUGUGAGGACCACACAGCCAAGUGUGUGGGGCAGAGCCUAUGUGAGAAGCUCCUGUGUGCCUGUGACCAGAUGGCAGCCGAGUGUAUGGCCUCCGCCUCCUUUGAUCAGAGCCUUAAGUCCCCAGACCUACGAGAGUGCCAGGGCAAACCUGUGUCCUGUGAGGAUGGCAUGCUUGGGGGAAACCUGGCCUCUUCUGCGGCCUCCAGUUCCGAGGAGAACAGUGAGGAGGCCACACCCCAGAUGGAGCGCCUACGCAGAUUUCUGGAGAAGCCACCUGGUCCCUAGGGGACAAGGCCACUUGGUGGAAGAUAA